UAUGCACGAACGGCUGUUCACAAAAAGAAAAUCCUUCAAGGUAUAAAGUACAAUAAUUGCGUCAAAGUGGAAGAAUGCUUUACACUCGUUUAAUUUGAAAAACGCGAAGGGGGUGCGAGGUCAACCGAGUGGGCUACCUCCUCCCAUAAUACGUAUGAACGAUACGAUCUUGUACGGCGCGCAGUCGAGUUCAGUUCUUGUAGACGGCUGGUCAAAGGCUGGCAUAACUGUUGCUGUUAUUUUUUUUUUCUCUAACGCAUGGCCAUCGUUUGAGACAUCCCGUACACCAUGGGCUGCACUAGCAGCACUCAAAACAUGUCAGAGAUAACCGCUAACACAAACGAGAACACUGAGCAUGAUAAGAACAGCGUCACAGGAAAUGUGAAAGACGAUGAAGACGAGAUACAAGACCACGCGGCAGUUGAGAGCGACACCAAAGACACACACGCCAGCCAAGUGCUUCCAACAUGUGAUAGUUUAGAGGACAAUAUACAAUUAGCUAGAAAUAGUAGUUCUUUUACAAGUAAAAAGAGCGAGGAACAAGAGCAAGAACAGUCCACCAGUGUCUUAGAAAAAGAAGAAAUAAUAACUGAAGAUCACAACGAACACAAGUUAUCACUACAAGCGGUGGCCGACCAAGUACUUUUACAAACUAUAUUCGAUGACCUAGUAGAGCAAACGACGGAAGAGCAGGAGGAGACAAAUAACAACAAAGAGGAAAACGUACUUCCGGAUACGGAAGAUAAGCCGACGGAAUUAGUGAAAGCAUGUAGUGAGGAACAACUAGAAGAUGAAGAAGGACAAGAGGUGACUGAAGCAUCCACGAGCCCAAGCCAAUCGGAUGGCAAUCGAUCAACGCGUUGGGAAGCGCUGGCUGACAUAGCAGCGGAACUACCGCCCUCACUCGCCGUAGAUCCUGUGACGGGGCAAAUAUACUCACUCACUAAAUAAGCACUUUCGGGCUUUAGUGAAUUUCGGACCGAAACAUGGACGGAAUGACCAUGUCCUUCUGCGUUUACAUGCGAAAAUAUAAUUAAAAAAAGAUUCUAAUCUUGAAUCUUUAUUUAUUGUUACUUUUCGUACAUACUAAAAGUUUAAAAUCCAUU